AUGGUCAAGUCGAACCAGCCGCUGCAGAUCCGGCUGACCGAGCCGGUCGUCUUCCUCCGCGGCCCCUCUACCGGUCUCGACUUCCGCGGUCGCCCCAUCGGAAUCGACACGGAUGCGCCUCCGGCAAUGCUGCGGGGUCUCUUGACGCUCCGACUGACAAAGGGGACGAGGAUACGGAGUAUCGCCGUCAAGCUUGAAGGUGUGAGCCGGACGGAAUGGCCAGAAGGGAUUGGACCCCGCCGACUGGACACUUUUGAAGAACACACCAUCAUCUCCGACUCGACGUCCUUCUUUGACGCCCGACGGAGGGGUUCGCGGUCCCGAGAUCGCUCGACCCGGCGCGCAGCGUCCGUCGGACCCGGAGCGUAUAUCGCGCAGUCGGAACAAUCCUCGGACGACGCGGAUCACGAUCAUGAGGAAGUCCCAGGGGAUGGAGGGGAGGACUGGACGGCCAUCCGGUCGCCGAGAGGAAGGGAGCGGGAACGGGGCGUUAUACCUCGUUCGGCGAGCGCGAUGCCGGGGAUGUUGGCGGGUAUGGGAAGCUGGGAUGGGAGUCAGAGUGGAGAGUCAAGGCGGCCGAGCUUUGAUGGAGGUCCAGGAUCAGGCUCGAGGGGGAGGAGUGGGGCGCUAGAGCCAGGCGGGCUGGAUGGUGUGCGGGGCUCAGACCGGAGGGGGCCCAGUCCGGCUUACACCCCUCGUGCACAGAGUCCGGCAGGCCGCGCUCCGUCCUCGCUCCGCUUGAACGAUACCGCUCGACCAUCACGGGAGACCGUUCUGAGCCCCAUCCAGUCUGCCGCCCCAUCUCGCGCUCCGUCCGACCGAGACAACAGCGCCGAAGCGAUUCAUCGUCGGCCGUCUGGGAGCGGAUCGAUACAUAUGGCUUCGGAAGAGGUGGCGGAGGCUACCGAGCCAGAGUCUGAAGAAGCAGACGCGGAGCUUGAGAUGGAAUCGCCAGGAGUCAUGGAUGAGAACGGGGACGAGUCGGAGGCGGAACCGCAAGGAAGGAGACCUACCGACAUUGACGAAGACCACCACCACGCCAUCCGGUCUAUCCUCUCUGCGGGCCCAUCGGGGGGCAGGCGCCAGAGCUCAGGCGGAGAAGUCCGCUUUGCCCCUCCGACGCGGGCGACGGCGAUAGAGGGCGAGGAGGAUAUUCCCGAGGGACACGAAGGAGAGACAGAGGCGGAAAGCGCGGCACGACGACAAGAGUACCAUCAUGCCCAUUCGGCCAUAUCCGCCAUAUCGGCCGUGUCUACCGCUCACAACUCGCCAGCUCCGUCCAGGCCUGGAUCGGUCUACGCUGCGUCCCGUCCAGGAUCGGUUCGGCCGCGCGCAUCCACAGAUACCUUGCAAGGUAGCGGUUCCGACCAUGCCGCCUCGGCCCCAACCCUAGCGGUGGCUCCUGCUUCGGAAGCAGCGACUACCGCUCAGCUGUCACCGCAGUACGGCCUGGGGGAUACCGGGCCUUCCGCGUCUGCGGCAUCAUCGCGUCCUCCGAGUCUUUUCGCUCCAGACUCUCGCCGCCCUUCUCGGCCAGGAAGCAUGCACCUCAGCGCCGCAUCGUCCAGUACUUCUCUACAGGAAGUCCGACAAGGCCGGAAGAAUCGGCUCGGGAGCCCUUCGACUAUCGUGGGAUCGACGUCCGCUUCUCGCCCGCCUUCCAUCAACAAUAUCGCUGGCGCUAGCGGAGGACCGUACGGUCGUCCUUCACUUCCAACCUCGUCAUCCUCCUCCACUUCCGGUCCUCGGGCAGAAAGCAGCGGUCCGAACGGUAUCGACGGAGGGAGGAAAGGUCGGUUCUCCCUCGCCGCGACACUCCGCGGACUGAGCCAGGACGUCAAGGACCGGGUCCGCCAGUCUUCCAAGUCCCGAACAAGACAAUCAUCUACCGGGCCGGCAUCCUCCUCCACUCGCGCGCGGAACGGAAGUACGACCGACAUCCCCGUUCCUCCUCUGCCUGCAGGACACAGACCCUCGCUCGGUGCUCGGGAGAGGGACGACGCGAUCCGCCGUGGUUCUGGCUCAUUCACGCGCGAUCCGGACUUUGUGCCGCCCGGAGGAUCGAGGGGGGCUGCGCGGAUCAAUACGAGCAGGGAGAGGAGUGGGAGUCGGAUGCGGACGGAAAGGGGGAGGAGUGAGAGUCGGGGACGAGGGAGGAAUAAGGGGAUGAAGGUGUUGACGGAUGCAUUGGGGCUGGGGGAUGGGCGAGUGGAUGUGGAGGAGGAAGGGGAGGAUCAGCAUAAUUGGAGAGAGUUCAGGAAGGGGACAUACAACUACCCCAUCUCAUUCCCUAUCCCCGUCUCGACGCCGCCUACCGUCCACGCCGAAUUCGGCUCGGUGACGUACCGCCUGAAAGCGACAGUCGUACGCGUCGGCGCGCUUACACCGAAUCUGACGGAAGAGGUCGAGGUGUGCUUUAUUGCCACGCCGCAAGAGGAUGACCUGGAGGAGACGGAGAACGUCAUUGUGGAGAGGCAGUGGGAGGAGCAGAUGAGCAGAUAUCAGAUUGCGCUUAGUGGAAAGGCGUUCCCUAUUGGCGGUAUCAUCCCCGUCAGCCUGCGCAUCAUGCCAUUGAUGAAGUGCAAGAUCCACCGCCUGACCUGCGUUUUGGAAGAAAAGACCGACUACUUUGCCCAAAACCGUAAAGUGAUCCGACACGAAACCCCCCGCCGCUUCUCCCUCCUCUUCAUCAAACAACUCGACACGCGCCCCUCUGAGCCUUUGUUACCCAUCAUCUCCGAGACCUCUGACGCGGCACGUACAUCCCCACUCGCGCCCCUCGCCCGCGCCGCAGCCUUAUCGAACCCAUCGGCGUUCACCAACUUUGCGGGCGAGCACGACGAGGACGCGCUCUACGCGGGGAUGAUGGAUCCCCUGGGUCCAUGGGCGAUGGAGACGGAAUUACAGGUUCCGGACUGUGCGGUCAAAGUGAGGUUUACGGCCAAGCAUGAGAAGAGCAAUAUGAGCGUUAGUCAUUGGUUGAAGGUGACUAUUAGGGUGGAGAGGGGGGAUGAUGUCGCGCUGGAUAGUAAAGGAAAGAGAAAGCAGUUUGAUAUCAUCAUUGAAACGCCGAUCAAAAUACUCGACUGCCGUGUCAAUCCACAGUGGAACUCGCUCCCUACAUACUCGUCUAACUCGCCUUCCUCUACGUCGGCCUUAUCAGGCAUGUGCUCCAUCCACGGGACAAAGCACACUGCCGCUUCUGCUUCCUCUCGGCCCUCAGCGCCCACCCGAAAUGGCAGCGGCGGUUCACCCUACCCCGGCGCAGGUACAUCCCGGAUUGACGGCCUCCCCGCGCCGCACACGAACGGUACUGCCGGACCUAGCGGACAGAGGCGGGAAGAAGGGGACGAUACCCUCCUCGAGCGGAACAUUGUCUUUGAUCGGCUGAUGAGCGGGCAGGAGACCGAGGCGGGGGAUGUACCUCCCAGCUAUGGCGAGGCGUUGGCUGCUCCGGCUGGAGGUGGAGCGGAAAGGGGGAGGGACAGGAGAGAAGGGAGUGGGAGUACGAGUCGGAGUGCGACGCCCACGGGCGCGGGGGCGGGAUCGGGGGGAAGGUUGGGGAGGGUGAGGGAUGAUUCGGGGACGGGAGAGUAUGGUGGGAGUCGCAGUCGGAGUAGGUUGAGGCAGGAGGUGUAG